AUGAAUGGAUGUGGAGAUAAUUUAGGACACGUGGAAAAGUCAAUCGGUGGCUUAGAUCACACUGGAAACAGUACUACGCAGAGUUGCAACUUACUGAUGAUACCGGGAUCCAGGUCUACAGAUAAAUCUGUGAUACCGUAUUCGAGGACCUACCACAGGAUACCGCCGCAAAGGCCACGGCCCAGUAGAAACAUACAGACUGCUAUAAGAUGGUGA